UGUUAUUGUUUUAUGCAAAUUGUGGCAUGGCAUACGGAGUGAUAUCAACAAUGAUGGACACGCACCAUGACAUAUCACUGAGUGACAAUGCAAUACGCAAAAGACUAAAACGAUACGGACAUCCUAGCAGAUUGGGGCCAACGACGAUGACAGAACAUCAACUGCAAGAAAUCAUAAGAAACAAACUGAAAUAUCUUCCUCGAACUGUUGGGUAUAGGCAGCUGACAGACGUCUUGAAACAUGAAGGGUUUCAUGUGAGAAGAGAUAAAGUGAUGAAGUCGUUAAGGGAUGUUGACCCGGAUGGUGUACAGUUUCGACGGAGGAGACGAAUGGAACGCAGGACGUAUACGUCAUUAGGUCCUUAUCACACAUGGCACAUUGACGGGUACUCGAGAAAAAUAAUAUGGCUUAAAAUGGGCCCGUCCAACAACGAUCCCAAACAAGUUGCAUAUCAUUAUAUGACGUGCCUGAAGAUUCAUUCGGGCUUUCCAUUACUGAUACAAGCCGACAGAGGUACGGAAAACAGUGUUGUAGGAGCAUUGCAGUACGUGUUUCGCGGUGGCGAUGAACAUACUUCUCUCGACAGGAGGAUGUGCUUUCAACAUCUUUCUUCCAAGUUGAACCAGCGUAUUGAGGCUUGGUGGUCGAUGUUCAGGAGGAGAAAAGCACAAUGGUGGAUGGAUUUUUUUCGAGACCUUGUUAACGCUGCAGCCUUUGACCCAAGUGAUGAAAAGGCCAUGUGGGAGGCAAUGUAUUCAACAUUUGGAAGAGGAAAAUGAGGUUUUCGGGUUUUCACAAACAUUGGAACCAUGCGUUUCUGGAGACGCAGACUUUGAUAGAAUGGCAUCUGAAAUCAGCAGACGAAACGACGGGAGCAUUCCAGAAAACUGGCAGCAGGCUUUGCAACAGUUUUUCCACCUUUUUGAACACUUCAAUGAAUAACAAUAACGCCAUCAUGAUGGUGCACACGACACUUUUAAAUUAAAAAGUGACAAAAUUAUAUAUAUUUGCAUAGUUAUUUAUUAUUGUGCUUAUGCAUGCAAUACAUCGUGAUAACAUCAAAUUACUGUACAAGUGGGAAAUAUGCAUUACGAGUAUGGUUUCAU